CCCACUCAAACCCAUGACAGAAUAGUGCUGGCGGGCUAGUUGCUAACAAGUUGACUGAAUAGCGGUAGUAUAUGGACAGUAGAAACCGUACCAGUAAUUUUAAAAUUAUUUUUUUAAUGUACACACUUUAAUAUCGGGCCAACAUGGCGCCGCUGGGCUGAGGAAGACGCGAGACAUCGCCAGCUGAAGCCGCGAAUGUUUAGAAACAAACAUUAAAACGUCGUCAGCUAACAGUUAGCAGACAGACAAACGUCCCUGAGGACAGCCUGAAUAUUUACAGCCACCGUUCCCCUUCUGUGAGCCAGUCGGACAACCUACCGGGAGACCCCCAACGAAGCAAAGAGGCUGUGUUGUGAAUGUAAUGGUGCUUUCUGCUACCCAAGCUGCACGAGAUAUGCAGUCGUCAGAGCAGCGCUGACAGGCCUGGCUCUGGAUUAACACGACCAUGGAGUCCUCCUCAGAGUCCCAGCAGGAGCCUGAGAAAACUUUGCACCAUGCAGAGUUGAGAGAGCACCAUGCCACCUCCGCUGGCGUAGUGUGCAGUGAUGACACCAUCCUUCUGACCCCAGGCAGGAUGAGCCAGCGCCAGGUGAAGGAGCGGGACAAGGAGAGGGAGAAGGAGGCAGGCCUCCAAACCCCCAGCAGGGAGCACAUCGCCACCCCCUCUUCCCUCAGCCCGGGGGUCAGCUACAGCCACGGUUUCGAGAGAGGGAAGGAGGACCUCUUGCCUCUGCCUUUAAAAGAGGACUCACAUUCCAUAUCUAAGAGCAAGUCUGAAACAAAGCUAUACAAUGGCUCAGACAAGGAUGUGUCAGCGUCUGGAGGAAAGCUCACCAAGAAGGAGUCUCUCAAGGUGCAGAAGAAAAACUACAGGGAAGAAAAGAAGAGGGCAACCAAGGAGCUGCUCAGCACCAUCACUGAUCCCUCCGUCAUCGUCAUGGCCGACUGGCUAAAGAUCCGUGGUACUCUGAAAAGCUGGACCAAGCUGUGGUGUGUGCUAAAACCAGGCGUCCUGCUCAUCUAUAAAACCCACAAAAACGGCCAGUGGGUGGGAACGGUGCUGCUCAACGCCUGCGAGCUCAUCGAGAGGCCCUCUAAGAAGGACGGCUUCUGCUUCAAGCUCUUCCACCCGCUGGAGCAGUCCAUCUGGGCCGUCAAGGGUCCUAAAGGAGAAGCAGUUGGCUCCAUCACUCAGCCAUUACCCAGCAGCCACCUCAUCUUCCGCGCUGCCUCGGAGUCUGAUGGCCGAUGCUGGAUGGACGCCUUAGAGCUGGCCUUGAAGUGCUCCAGCCUGCUGAAGAGGACCAUGAUUCGCGAGGGGAAAGAGGACAUGAGCACAGUAGGCACAGGCGGAGAACACUCCAUUAAUUUCUACAGCCUCCUCCGAGCCCACAACAUCCAUGGUUUCCAGUUUAAUGACAGCGACCAUUUGAAAGACCCAGACCUGUACUCAGACAAGUCAGACAGGGAGGGUGAACAGGACCACGAGGAGUCAGACCCUGAAGGCUUGGAGAAGAGCGAGGAGAGCGACAGCGACACGUCAGAGCGCCAAGACGACUCAUACAUAGACCUGGACCCGAAUGAACACCUGCGGGAAACCCCGUACCUGGAACAGUCCCACGAGGAACUUGGAGAGGCUGGCGAGGCUGCCCAGACAGAGACAGUGUCAGAGGAGAAUAAAUCUCUGAUCUGGACUCUGCUGAAGCAGGUGCGACCUGGUAUGGAUCUAUCCAAGGUGGUGCUGCCCACCUUCAUCCUGGAGCCAAGGUCCUUUCUGGACAAACUGUCUGACUACUACUAUCACGCAGACUUCCUGUCAGAGGCUGCAAUCGAAGAGAACGCCUACAACCGGAUGAAGAAGGUGGUGAAGUGGUACAUCUCUGGAUUUUAUAAAAAGCCAAAGGGGUUGAAGAAGCCUUACAACCCCAUUAUUGGGGAGACAUACCGCUGCAUGUGGCUCCACCAGAAAACCAACAGCAAGACCUUCUACAUCGCGGAACAGGUAUCCCAUCAUCCUCCAGUGUCAGCCUUCUAUGUCAGCAACAGGAAGGACGGAUUCUGUCUCAGUGGCAGCAUCCUCGCCAAGUCCAAGUUUUAUGGAAACUCCCUGUCGGCCAUAUUAGACGGGGAGGCUCGGCUCACUUUCCUUAACCGAGGAGAGGACUAUGUGAUGAACAUGCCCUACGCUCACUGUAAAGGCAUCCUGUAUGGCACCAUGACCCUGGAGCUGGGCGGUCAGAUCACCAUUGCGUGUGAGAAAACGGGCUACAGUGCUCAGCUUGAGUUCAAACUGAAGCCGUUCCUGGGCAGCAGUGACAGUGUCAAUGAGAUCUCUGGAAAGAUCAAGCUGGGGAAGGAGGUGUUAGCUACGCUAGAAGGACACUGGGACAGUGAGAUCUUUAUUAACGACAAGAAGACAGGGACGGUGGACACUUUCUGGAACCCGACACCAGAGUUGAGGCAGAGCCGACUGACCCGCUGCACCGUCCCCCCAGAGGAGCAGGGAGAGCUCGAAUCAGAAAGGCUGUGGCAGCACGUGACCCGGGCCAUCACCAACAAGGACCAGACCGAGGCCACCAACGAGAAGUUUAUCCUGGAGGAGGUUCAGAGGAAGUCCGCCCGCGAGCGAAAGGCCAAGUGUGAGGAGUGGAACCCCGCCCUGUUCGAGCAGGACCCCGUCACCGGAGAGUGGCAUUACAGAUAUGCCGACACGAGGCCAUGGGAUCCGCUCAACGACCUGAUCCAGUUUGAGAAAGAUGGCUGUAUCCAGACCAAGGUCCGACACCGCACCCCUAUGGUACGUUCUGGCAGUCUUAUUAGUCUGAGUAACCAGGGGCCGCGGAGGGACAAUUGCAAGUGCCAGGUAACGGUGCCAAAGAGGAAACACAAGAGCGACAAGCCCAAGAGCCCAGAGAGUGGCUGUUCUUCCCCCGAACCCGACCGCCAAGACUCGUCUGGCAGCGAACGACACAAAAGCAAGCAUAACAGUCGGCUGAGGAAAAAAGGAGCAGACCUCAGUGAACUUCAAAGUGCCAUUGAAUCUAUAAAGAGGACGCAGGAGGACAUUAACAGGAGCAUCAGUGUGCUGCGCAGCCGUGCGACGGGCCGGGCGGAGGGCGGCUCUUUCCUCCAGCAGCGCGACUACGUCAUCAUCGUUUUCCUCAUCCUCCUUCAGGUCCUGAUCAACUAUGUCUUCAAGUAGCAGCCAUAACCCCUCAGAGAGAGUGACGCCCUCACACACACACACACACACACACACACACACACACACACACACACUCUCUCUGAACGUUAGCCGUCACAGCAGGGGGGGAGGGGGACUAAGAGACGUGAACUUUUACCUCUCACAAUAAGUGACUGCGACAGUCUCCUCCAACUCUCUUCUUCUCUGUCUUUAUUAAGUCCAACUACACACGUCCAGAAAAGUGGACACUUCCACACAAAAACAGACCUUUUUUAAAACUUUAUUUUUAACCAGUCCAUUCCAAAACUCUGGGGAGAUCCACAGAUUUCAAAGCGGAGAGGAGCAGCGAUAAGGAGAGAUCGCUGCAGGGGAGAUUUUGGUGUGAUGAAGUCUCGACUGCCACUCUGGAGCUUAUUGAUUUGCCUCGAUGUAAGAGGCAAAGACAGCAGCCAUUUUUUAGCUGUUGAUUGUUUGUUUUUUUCCGAUGGAGUGAAACUACUCUGUUGAUUCACAUUUCACCUCAAACGACAGGGAACCUUCUAACAAUGGAGACGAGUACCACGACUCAGAUGGUAACAAAAAAAACCCAACUUUAAUUUUAAUGUUUUUUUUGUUUUUUUUUUAUCGUUUUGUUUCUUUGCUUGGUGUGUCCUUUGUGUAUAGAGGUCUGCUUGGAACAAAAAGCGGUGAUAAGGGAGAGAAAAACAAAGUGGUCCAAUUUAUGUGACUUUUAUUUUUUUAUUAUCAGAUACUUUCAUAUCGACAGGGGUUUCCGGACAUGGAAAUGAACGAGGAAGACAAAUAACACAAGUCAAAAGGAACAGAAGCUAUAAUUUCUGCUGUAUAAUAAAACUUCACCUUUUGCAUACAAAGUCAAUGUUUCAAGAAAAAAGUUAAAUGUUUGACACAAUGUCCUUGUAUACUGUAGGUAGCAUGUACAGACAGAGGAGCGUGAUUAGGACAUUAGCCCUAUGUACAGUAUUUUGUCUUAAGGCACAAAUGCACUGGAAACGUCAGUUGUUUGUGUUGUCGAUGCGGUCAUCAUUUUCGACUUGGGUUCAAGUGGACAUCCGAAUAGUUUUAAAUUUCUGCUCUGACGGGGUUCAGAGCAUCAACGGAGGGGUCAAAAAAGAUCAGUUUUGUGAAUUUUCCAUGUGCUUCAGUGACCACUGCCCUAGUUUCAGGGAAAGGGAGUUGAUAUGUUUUUAAUGGAAGUCGGCAUUAUGUAACAACUGCCUUCAACUGGCAAGUUAAAGGAAUAGAACAGGAAAUACGUUUAUCACUGUCCGUUCAAUACAGCCAGCAGCUGGUUAGCUUAGCUUAGCAUAAAGACUGGAAACAGGAAAACUAGCCUUGCUAUGUCCAAAUGUAACAAAAUCCACCUUCCAGCCCCUCUUAAACCUUACUUAUUAACAUGUUAUAUCUCAUUGGUUUAAUCUGUACACAAAACUACAUGUAAACACAUUCGUUUUACUGUGCGGGCUAUUUUUUGUAAUCACCCUAAGCUUUCCAGGCAACCAGCAGAGACUGGCUAAGAGAAAUUCUGCCUAAGAAUUAGUCACUUUGGUUUUUGUACAGAUUAAACAAAUGAGAUACAGCGUGUUUAUUGGGGAGCUUUAGAGCUGCUGGUAGGCGGAUUUUGUUACAUUUGGACGGAGCCAGGCUAACUAACUAACAGACUGCUGUCUUUAACUUCAUAUGUACUCGACAGACUGAGCGGUAUCAAUCCUCUCAUACUGCAAGAAAGUGCUUUUCCCAAAGUAAAGUCUUACUGUUCCUUCAAAAUUGUUAUUUAAAUUGCAGAGUAAAGUUGUGCAACCAUAUAGAUGAAAUAUAAAACUUCUGUGACUUCUGUGCCAUCAUGGCAGAGUCAAAUUCAGAGCACCAGUUAUUGCUUCCAGUGUUUUUGUGCCUCAGAUGUUCACCAGGAGAACUAGAAUAUAGACACUUUAUUAAGCUACUAGUGGGAGGAGGAGAUAGACUUUUUCUAAUUACUACUAUCACCAUAGUAAACCAUUCCAAAUGUACGCAAGUACCAGCCAAACUCAGUGUGUAGAGUAGACGUCGGCCCCGUUCACUGUGUAAAUAUCCAACGGGGUGGCUCGUUCCUCGCAAGUAGCGCGUGGUGUUUCAACACCAAGGUUCGCAAUACAGACACUCCCGCGCUGUGCACAAGCCAGUCUUUUUCAACCUUGUGUGUCUUUUUGUCUACUGCUCUGUAGAUACACAUGGACAAACAACAACAGAUUAGUGGGGUACACAAUUAGAUUCCCAUUGAUCCAAAUGGUCUCAAGAAGUUGCUGUUAUUCAGCAGUUGUUGCAGAAGUAAGGAACGUUGGCAACUUUGUUCGUAUACAUCGUGGUUCCAAUCUGUUGCCUUCCUCAUUGGAAACAUGACUGUUGACAUUUUAAAGUCUCAGAAACAGUACGCUAGAUAGCAAAGUUCAGAAAUAAAUAGUGGACAUUAUACCCUGAAAAUGUACACUGUGCUUAUGAGGAUUAGGACUUAUGAGGACGCACUAGGUUAAGUGCUGUGUUAAGCACUACUAAAGACAAACAAACUCCCAGGAGUCUAGUUUGUAUACUGUAAACUUAGUUUGGAUCCUGUAUUUGUUUUUAGUAUCAACCAAGGAUGAAGGCAGCAUAUUAGAACCUACACCUGACCUUUUUACACAGUCUGUCAGGAUUUUCUCCUAAGAUGCAAGUAACUAACUACUAAUUGAGGCAAUUCAAAAAGAUCCUAACCAUUUAUGGACAAUAUCUGAUUAUUGGUUUUGUAUAUCUCUUCGCCUGUCCUGAUGUUAGCCUUGUCGACGUUUACAUAUCUGAUUGCCUCCGCCGUCAGCAGACUGUUGAGCGAUGGAAACUUUGUAACGCUAACACAGGUAUAAAGAAAAAGUGGUAGCAUCGUCGGGAGCCAGCUGUGACCCCCGUAAAGUUACCCGGCUGGCCCGUGUGUAUCUGUACGUGUAUUUUUGUGUAUCCUCAUUGCCUCGAUCGCUCAUCUUAAACAGAGAAUCCAGAUGUUAGAAUGUGGAGAAAUAAGUAUAUACCAGUGCCUUCUAGAGUCGGACUGGGGUUGGGGUAGAUAGGGGGUUUUAACUGAGGUGGUAGGAGGUCGGCAGGGAUGUGGUGGGCGUGGUGUGGAGCAUUCAAACGUAGCCAGAGUCCAAGUUUCAAGGUAGUAAUGAAGGGAAUAAAAGCAUUGGUGAGGGGACCUGGACCUGGACCUGGGAGUUGGGACCCUGGCGGCGGCUGUAGUCACUGUAGUGUUUUAGAGCGGACGUGCCAUACGAAGCCUUAGAAACAAGUCUGAAUCCUGCUCCACAGCUCGCCACCCCACCAAGCUCCCGCCUCCCCUCCUGAAGCGUCGCCAUAGUAACUCACCCGUAGGUUUCCGGAUGCUGAUUCCUGCCACAGGAGAGCGAGGGAGGGAAAGAGACCACUCCUCUCCCUUGUCGUCCUUGUCCCUCUCUCGCUCUCUCACACACCAAAUUCAGAGGGAAAUAAACAUCUCUUACGUUUGUUGUUGUCGCUGUAUCUGUAAAAGAAUGCAUUUUAUUUAUUCCUCUUUUGUAUGUGGGUUUAUGUUCUGCUUUGUAGCAUUAGGUCACCGUUCUGUUUGUUUUUUCUUUAACAUUUUUCAACGCUGAUUUUAAAAUCACACACUGUUGGUUUUAUUCCACUCCUCGCCGCUUGGUGUCACACUCAAGCGACUGUCCUACACUUGUGCACACUGUCAAUAUCAACUUCCCCUCCCCCCCAAUCCCCCCUUCCCCCCCACACACACACACACAUACCUACCCUUUUGCCUAUCUGAGUACCUGAAUAUAUUUACUGUAUCUCCAUGGCAACUAUAACUUCCUGAAAGUUUAUGGUCACAUGUAACAUAACAGAGAAUAAAAACAAAUGACAUCCA